CAGACAGUUCAAAUUUCCCCUUAUCAAGAGAUAGUCUCAUACAAAAACGAAAAAUUAACAAAUAAUAUUAAUUUGCUUUUGCUAGUUUAGAAAUUUCGCAUUGUGUAUGAGUUGUUGUGAAACAAGCAAUAACAACAUGUAUGUAAGGUGCUUGAAAAAAGUGUGUAGGGGUAUGCACAGUUCCAUAUAAGGGCCACACAGACGACCGCAAACCUAGCAAAAAAAUACAACAAAAAAAUCAACCUACAAUAACGGGGCGGCGGCAACAACAAUAAAGACAACGAAAACAACAACAAAGCGACACAACAACGAAGUUGCCUCUGCUUUGCUUUGCUGCAGCUUUGCGGCUUGCCUUGUGACGAAAGCAAAAUCUGAAGUGUUUCUUCAUCGCAAAAAGUAAAAUCCAAAAAACCAAAAAUAACGUGAUGUGCCGCCCUGACCUACGACGUUUUUGUGAAGAGUGGCGAAUCUGGAUACGUCCAUUGCUGAUAAUCACAUACGUUGUAUUUGCGAUCAUCGUUGUUCCGUUACUAAUUGUGAACUCCGUGAAGGAUGGAUUCAAACGCAAUGAUCAGCUCAUACUCAUUGGCGGCCUGUUCGUGCUCUCUGCCGUGCCCAUUUCCAUUUGGCACAUCAUACAACACGUCAUCCACUUCACAAAGCCCAUAUUGCAGAAGCACAUCAUACGCAUCUUGUGGAUGGUGCCCAUCUAUGCUUUGAAUGCGUGGAUCGGCUUGUUCUUUCCCAAGCAUUCAAUCUACGUGGACUCCUUGCGCGAAUGCUAUGAAGCGUAUGUGAUCUACAACUUUAUGGUUUACUUACUGCACUAUUUGAAUCUCAACAUGGAUCUGGAGGCCACCAUGCUGUACAAGCCUCAGGUGUAUCAUUUCUUUCCGCUCUGCUGUAUUCGUCCCUGGGUCAUGGGUCGCGAGUUCAUCCACAAUUGCAAGCACGGAAUUCUACAGUACACUGUAGUGCGACCUAUCACCGCAUUUAUCUCAGUAAUAUGUGAACUGUGCGACGUGUAUGGCGAGGGCGAAUUCGCUGGCAAUGUUGCCUUCCCCUAUAUUGUGGUCAUUAACAACAUUUCGCAGUUUGUGGCCAUGUAUUGCCUGGUGCUCUUCUAUCGUGCCAACAAGGAGGACUUGAAACCCAUGAAACCCAUUCCCAAAUUCCUGUGCAUUAAGGCUGUGGUGUUCUUCUCAUUUUUCCAAGGUGUCCUUCUAAAUGUACUCGUUUAUUAUGGCCUGAUUAAGGAUAUCUUUGGCUCAGAUGUGGGCGAUGCAAAUCUGGCAUCCAUGUUGCAAAACUUUCUCAUUUGCAUUGAGAUGUUUAUUGCAGCCAUUGCGCACAUUUACAGCUUCCCGCACCAUCCAUUCCAUAUUAACUCGCCCCAGUAUUGGAAUAAUCCCAAUCACAGCUGGUGCCGCGCUUUUCUCUCAAUGAUGGACAUUUCUGACAUGCAGGAGGAUGUCACCGAGCAUCUGGGCGUAGUCAGCAGUUCGAUCAGUCGUCGUUUUCAGGGUCGUAGCACAUAUCAGCCGCUUGCACGCGGACCACGGCGAUCGAGCAGUGAGUCAGAGUACUUAAUAGGCAAGCGACAGGAUGAGUCGUUGGCGGGGGGCAGCUCAACGCAAGCAGCAGGCGCCGCGGCUGCUGGUGAUAAUAGCAAUAGCAACAAUUACCAACAACAACAACUGCACUUGCCGGGCUCCAAUAUGAAACAGUCGUCGACGCGCCAACGCGAAACACAUCUGCAUCUCCGUGAACGUGAUCAGCAGCACUUUGUGGGCGGUGUUGGUGCGCCCCAGGCAGGCGGCGUCAGCAAUUUUCCGCAGGCACGAACUGGUGCCUCGGCUGCCGCGCCCAUUCCCGAGUCCAACGAUGAUUAUGCACUGCUGCUGGGCACGGGUAGAUGACAACGUUAUCAGCAACAGAACCAGCACAUUGAUGCGCUCGAGGAUGGGGGGGACGAUGUAGAAGUUAGUCAACAUUUUAAUGCUUCCUCGCUGAGUGCAUCGUUGUCCGUUUCGUUUGGUAUGUCGAGCAGUUUAAAGUUUAGCGCAACAUGCAGCAAUCAAACUGCAUCGGAAUGGUCGAAUUCAACGGGCGGGGAUGAUGACAACGAUAACGACAACGAUGACAAUAUAGAUGACGAUGACGACGACGAUGAUGGUCAAGACGUUGACGAUGACGAUGUCUCGAAUGCGGACAAUAUUGAGCAGAUGCCAGUUAUAGUUGUUGCAUCCACUACGCGACGUCGUCGCGAUAGAGAGUACAUCACCUAGAUCAAUGCAAGAUAAUGAUGCAACGAUAUUUAUUUAUGAUUUCUCUCCAAUUUAUACUUAUCAAAAUUAGCGAAGCAUUAAUUCCUUUCACUUUUUGUUUCUUUUCCGCUUUUAUAAGCAAUAUUAUUAGUGUCAAAUACUCACAUACAUAUUAACAACCGACUGUUCAUUUGGCAACCCAAUCAAAUUGGGAGUUUUCAAAUUGCGUGGCCUUAGUUUUGGAUGCGAAAGCAAACAACUGAUUUAGAAAUAUACACACCAUAUAUACAUGUAUACAUGUGUAUAUAUGAUCUAUUUGUACCCUAGCUGCAUAUGUGAAAAUUUUACACGCGCAUCACAUGCCUAUAUGUAAUUCCAAAGAAUCUUCAUUAUAUGUAUGCAAUAUAUAUCGAAACGAGGGGCUGCAAAACAUUUUUUAUAGUUAUGUAGAAUAUGCUCUGUUUUUUACUACGAAAUUCUUAGACAAUUAGAAGUUCAUACUUAUACAAAUACCCAGAAAACCCAUAUGCAACAUGCAGUUAGAUACAUAUGAUAGUAAAUGUUUGAUCUAUGGACGUCAGUAGUUGGUGUCUCUAUUAGCCUAGUUGUAUAUCAUGUUCAGUGCGCCGUAUUCGGUACUCCGUACUUUGUUUGUCUGUUGCAUAAUAGAACAAUUUGAUACACUUAAAGCAAACGAAUGUGAAUUAUGUGACUGCCGGUCAGAAAAGGGCGUAAUUUCUCUUGAAACAUACUUAUAUACUGUAAAAAUAAUGUAAUUCUCAAUAAUAUAAUUAUGCAAAACCAA